GUAUUUAUUUAAAAGACUAUACUUAAGGUAUUGAAUAAAUUUAAAAUCAAGCCAUUUCAUGUAUAUACAGUAACAACAGAUAAUGGGGCAAAUACGAUAAAAGCUACUAACUUAAUUCAAGAACACAUUUUAUCUGAAGUUAUAUCUGAUAAUGAAUCUGAAACUGGACAAAUGAAAGUUUCUGAAUCUGAAGCUAGAUCGAUUAUUGAGUCAGAUUAUGAUAGUGAGAUUGAAUUUUACCAAACUGAGCUUGAUGAAAAUCAAAUAUUCAAGUUAUUAAAUGAACAUAAUGACACUGUUGAAAAAGAAUAUGAACAAUCAGAGAAGUUAUUGUGAAUCUUGUUGAAUGGCAAAACUUAAUUGAAAACUCAAUAUUUACUGGAAUCCGUUGUGUGGCUCAUACUUUACAAUUAGCUGUUAUAGACUGAAAGAUAAUGGUAUUUUUGAAGUAUUGAACAAAGUUAGAUAUUUGGUUAAAAGAUUGAGAAACCAAACCUAUUCUUAUUUAAUUAAGAAAGAAAAAUUAAAAUUACCAAUAUUUGACUGCCUAACACGUUGAACAUGUUUGAAAGAAUCCUAUUUUUAAAAGAAUUUAUAACAAAUAUGUCAGCAAAUGACUCAAAGCUCAGAAAAGUAAAUCUUCAUAAUUUAGACUGGGAAAAAGUAGAAAUUCUUUCAAGAACAUUAUUACCUGCAAAAAUAUGUAUAAAGGAACUGCAAUAUGAACAACUCACAUUAUCAGAUUUUUAUAUGAUGUAUGGGUAUCAUGUAAGCAUCAAACAAAAAAAUUAGAUACUUCGAUAUCUAAAAAAUUGCUUCAAUUUAUGGUAAAUAGAGAGAAUCACUUAAUGGAAAAUAAAGUAUUAUUAGGAGCCAUUUUUAUGGAUCUUCGCUAUAAAGUAACUUUGAAUGAAGACAAAUGUAAUACUGCGAUAGAACACUUUGUAAAAGUUUGGAUUCAUUUGAAAAGUAUCAAACUAAAAAAUAACCAGCCAGAUAAUUUAACUCAAAAUAUUGAAGAUGAACAUGAAAGUUCUUCUAGUGAUUCUAUUGAUGUACUAGAACAUUUUCUGAAAAAUAAAGACAAAAAUAAUUUGGUAUCCAUGGAUUCAGUGGCGUAGCUGAGGGGGGGCCAUGGGUGUAUGGCCCCCCCCUUUGGAAUUUUUUAUUGGCGAUGUUCUUAUCACGGUUAUAUCUUAUAUAUAGGUAAUAAAAUAAUAUAGUAUUUUCACAAGUGAUAUUUAUUAUUUAUUUGGUAUUUUAAAUUUGUAUCAACGUUACCAAUAAAAAUUGAUAAUGAUAUCGAUCAUAUCUAAAUUUAUAUACCACGGUCGUAGCUAUGGUCUUAAAAUAUCUUCCAAGACCGUGGUAGUAGCAAUACAUUUAUAUCACACUACCACGGAAUACCAUCUACGUCUGUUAAUAUUAUUGUGGAGGUAGACGCGUUAUGAUUGUGGUUGCCUCCAACAAUGCAUAUUGUCAAGUCAAUAAAAUUAUAACCAAAAACACUCUGAAUUCUCAUAAUAUACACAUCAAAAUUCAAAUAUUCGUUAUGAAGAGAAUAAAUCAUUAUUUUAAAACUAAUAAAUCUGAAGAAAAUAUUUUAAUUACAUGUCCUACUAAAAAAAAUAAAACAUUAGAAAACGACGAACAAAAACAAAUUGAGGAUAAUAAACAUUCCAUUAAUAAAGAAUUAGAUAUUGGAAAUUUGUUUGGAUUAAAAAUAGAUGACCAUACUAAAGCUGCCUUGUUAAAACGUUCAAAUAUACCAGAUGAACAUUUUAUUUACCCAUUUUCCAUAAAUAACAAAAACGGUAAACAACUUAAGCGUUAUUUAAGGAAAAAUCACUUUGAACAAUUUACAUGGCUAGAAUAUUCAAGUUCCAAAAAUGGAUUGUUUUGUAA